GCCCUGAUUUCUAUUUUUUCCUGCAUUGGAUAAGGAACUUCAGUUAUAAUCAUAUUGACCUCAUACCCGAUCUACCAUUGUAUUUAAUAAUAAGGCAACAUGAUGACCCGUGGACAUUUCUCUGUCACUCUGCGCAGCCUGGCCAGGUCCCACAGGUUACAGAGGCAUGUGUUGGACUUAUAUUUGCGAAGCUGCACAGCUGAAUCCGUAUUUGACAGGAAGUACAGCACAGAGACAAGACUGAAUUCAGACAGUGGAAAGAGAGCCACAAAAUGGGGCUUUGCCGUAACUGGGGCCUUAUUGGGCAUUGGAACAGUCUUGAUUUAUGGAGCGCAGAAGAAAAGGGUGGCACAAGCGGAACUUACAACACUUCCUGUUGCUACUUCAAGCUCUCCCCUAUACAGUAAAGAGGAUGUAAGGAAACAUGCAUCAAUAGAGGAUCGAGUCUGGGUGACCUAUGCAGGAGAGGUCUUUGACAUCACAGAAUUUAUAGAGUUGCACCCUGGUGGGAGCCGAAUCUUGCUAGCAGCAGGAGGUGCUCUGGAGCCUUUCUGGGCUCUCUAUGGUGUGCACAAGAAUGAGCAUGUGUUAGAGAUCCUAAAGGAAUACAAAGUAGGUGAACUUAAUUCUGCUGAGAAAGAUGAGCCAGUGGAUGAAUCUGAUCCUUAUUCACAAGAUCCCAGUAGACACCCAGUUCUUAAGGUGAACAGCCUGAAGCCUUUUAAUGCAGAGCCACCCCCCUAUAUGCUGACAGAGAAUUCUAUCACUCAAACUGAGCUGUUUUUCAAAAGGAACCACUUGCCAGUGCCACAGAUCAACCCUGAUGACUACAAACUUGUCAUAGAAAGACCCAAUGGCAAGGUGCAUGACAAACCACUUAAUUUGACGUUGUCUGAUCUGAAAGCAAAAUUUCCCAAACAUGAGAUUACAGCUACAUUGCAGUGUGCUGGAAACCGGCGUUCUGAAAUGAGUGAAGUAAAGCUAGUGAAAGGACUUGACUGGAACAUUGGAGCAAUCAGUACAGCGCGCUGGGCAGGAGCACGUCUGAGGGAUGUACUACUGGAAGCUGGAUACGCCGAGGGCUCUUCCCAGACUCAGCAUGUACAUUUUGAAGGACUGGAUCGCGACUUGACUGGAACAAACUAUGGUGCCUCUAUCUCAUUUAAGCAGGCAAUGGCCAAGGAGAAUGAAGUACUUUUAGCCUAUGAGAUGAAUGGGCAGGAACUGCCUAAAGACCAUGGUUUUCCCUUGCGUGUAAUUGUGCCAGGUGUUGUAGGUGCCCGCAAUGUGAAGUGGUUGGGUAAAAUUGUAGUAAGCAAAGAAGAGAGCAGCAGUCAUUGGCAGAAAAAUGAUUACAAGGGUUUCAACCCAUGUGUUGAUUGGGACGAUGUAGACUUUGCUUCUUCUCCAUCUAUACAAGAUUUACCAGUACAGUCUGCCAUCACAGAGCCACAUCCUGGACAGAAGAUCACUCCAGAUAUUGAUGGGGAAUUAACAGUGAAGGGGUAUGCAUGGAGCGGAGGAGGGAGGGAAAUAGUGCGGGUGGAUGUGUCUGUGGAUGGAGGAAAGACAUGGAAGGUAGCAGAAUUAACUGGAGAGAAACAGAAGGCUGGGCAGGCCUGGGCAUGGAAAUUAUGGCAGUUAAAUGUCCCACUGCCUCCCAAAAGCAGUGAUGUUACCAUUAUUUGCAAGGCUGUGGACAGCAGUUAUAAUGUACAGCCGGACACCGUUGCCCCAAUUUGGAACUUGCGUGGUGUGCUGAACAAUGCGUGGCACAGAGUCUGUGUUACAGUGGAUGCAGAGUAGCCAUAGUAGAAUGAAUCCUCAAGUAAUCUCAUCUUUUCCUAGGCCUGUGCUGCAUUUAUGCAUGGCCUCCUUCUGAAACUAUUUUACCUUUUGAAUUCCCAUCCCUGAUGUGUGGUGUCUGGACAUUGAAACAUUCAUUCUGGAGAAGUGGAAAGAUGUUCCUAUACAUCUAGUGGUGAAUGUACAUUAUUGGGCACAUCUACGGAGGCUUUGUCCCACCGAAUGCAAAGUACGGAACAGUCGCAUUGUACAUUCUCCUACUAUUUCAGAAGUGGCAAAAGAGUUCUGCAGUCACAACACAGGGGCAUUACACUGUGCUCAGUAUGAGGCAACAGGAAAGUUUGACCCUUUCCAUGAUGGCACUUUUAACUGUAUAUUUACCUGUAUACUUUUGUUUACUUUGAAUAAAAAUAACUGGAUGUGAUGGAGAACUGAUCAUCUUCAAUUUUUUUUUUUAUUGGAUCUCACUGUAUAAGGGUCUAGCAUAAUGUGUUUAUUUUAAAAAUAAGUGGCAUCUGCCAUAUAUCUUCUCAUGGACACAUAGUACUAAUUGUAUUUACGGUAUGUUGGUUCACUCAGGUGGCUGCAGGUUACUGGAACUGUAAAAAGUUGUCUCUGGUGCUAAAUUUACAAAUUUUUAAAUGGAAAUGAAUCUCUUAGUGCAAAAAGCACAACUGUGCACAAGAUGAGAGCGUGAGGGGAGAGGGAGGAUUUGUAUUGGGGUGCCUCAGGAGACUGCAUGCUUUGGAGCUCAUCUGUAUUUAUGAGAACUGUGGUUAGUAUUGCUUUGGGCACAUGAAGAAUGUCCCUAAAGAUAGCAAAAGAACUUUCAUACGAACAAGUGGAAAAUGUUGAUGUGCAAAAAAUUCUUAUCUGCCCAUUCACAUUGCCCACAGGGCAGGAUUUUUUCUAAAUGGUGUAUGUUUCCCUUUAAAACUCAAAAUUAACUGUUUCUGAACACCAGACAAUCCUACCCUGUCCCUCACCACGAAAUUGUUCUCUUUGCACUAGAGGUCAAAUUUCUGUUUUGCUGCCCCUGGUAAAAUACCACCUGAGGGAUGUCUGCCACCUUUCCUCGUGGCAGGAGAGUCACUGCUGGUAUCAUUCAUGCUGCUUAUCCUUUCAUAUGCUAACCUUGAAAAUGAGUGAUUCAAUGAACCUAGUGAUUUUAAUUGUUAGCCUUAAAAGAGUUUUGCCAAGGCAUAUAAUUUGUAAAAUCUGCAAAGUAGGAUAACCCUAUUUUUUUCCAAUAAACUCAUUUUAUAUGGCAGAGUUUUAGAUUAUUAUUUAACCAUAUUUGUUAGGGAAGGUAGGUGCACAUUUCGGUUUACUUAAAAGCCAGAUCACUGAUCUGCUCAUGUUCCUGUCUUCGAGCCUAGGGAUAAAAGGGAAUUGUCUCAUUAUAGAUGAGCCAAGGGUUGUUUAUCUGUAAACUGAUUCUGCUUCUUCCAGAAAUUAAAACACUACCACUCCAAAAGCAUGAGCAUAAUACACCAUAUUUUAUGGAAUGAAAACUCUCUAUUAAACUUUAUAAGGUCUUGCCGCAAACUCUGUUGUAAAAAAAAAAAACCUCAAAAUGCUCUCUGUGAUUCGGAGAGUUGUAGUUUUAAAACAUCUGGAGGGCUGCAAUAUGCCCAGCAUUCAGUACUCAGUACAUUCAGUACUAGGCAAAUUGAGCUGUAGAAUUGGAGUGAUCCAUGUUGCACUUUGCCAAAUGGGCUUGUCAGUCACUAUCCCUGCCUACAACACAGCAAGGGGCACUGUACUCCUCCUUCCAUCAGCUAAUGAUUCUCCAGCACUCGGUGCUCAGUCAUUAUUCAGGCAUUGCUUAGAGUGGGUGUUAAUAGGCAGCACAUGUACAGAUGGAAGCAUGUCCUUUUUCUAUUUGUUUUUUAACUAUACUUGAAAAGAUAAGUGUCUUAUUGGAGUGUAAAAAAGCCACAAUAAAAUCUAUAUAUUUUAA